CCAUGACAAUAAUACGGACAUGUAUUCUGUACCUGUACCAUUGAACUCGUAGAGACAGUAUAGAUAGACUAUAGAUCUUGUAGUAAGCAGCACAUUAAUGUUUUCGUCUGAAUGAAGCACAGGUGCUGCGCGCUAAUCACAUGCAUCUGUGUUCCUCCUGCAGUCCGAAAGAUUCUGCAAUAAACGAGAAAGAAAGGGAAACCAAAGGACUGCACAAAGGUUUUGUGUCCAAUACAGAACAUAAGUGUCCCUCUUAACCCCCGGGUUCUGUUCGGUCAUAUUAAUCAGAUACGACUUCAGCAGUUAAUUCUGUAGCUGCACCAUGAAGAGGCGGUUCAGCAUUGUGGAGUCCCUUGUUCAUUUAUAUGAGUCCAGUGUAGAGCAAGGAGAUGGAGCCCUACAUAUGACAAGGGAUGGAGGGAUGGAAGUGGAAAGAGACACAACCCAACAUACAACUAAUGAUGGAGGAAUGGAAGAUGGUGAUGUGACCCUACAUAAGACAAGUGAUGGCAGAAUGGAAGAGGAAAGGGAUCUGGAUGGAGAAGCUGAGCUGGAUCUGGAACUCUUUGAUGAAGCUUCUGAAACAGAGGACAAUACAGAGUUCGACCCAGACUACCAUUCUUCUGAUGGAGAAGAGUCAGAGGAAGAGUCAGAGGUCACUGCUGAAACAGAGGCAGCUUAUCAGUCCAAAAACGGAAAAAUAUUGUGGACUCCAGCACCUCUUCCUCAGAAACAACAAGUGAGAUUUCCAGCUCAUCAUAUCAAAAGGACCCCUGGACCAACCAGGCUGGCAUGUGUCAAUGCUGAAGACAUAAGAUCAACAUUUGAAUUGUUUUUUCCAGAUGAUAUUAAACAGAUUUUGAUUGAAAUGACCAAUUUAGAGGGGAAACGUGUAUUUCGUGAUACCUGGAAGGACUUGGACUGGACAGACAUGCAGGCCUUUUUUGGUUUGUUGAUUCUGGCAGGUGUGUAUCGAUCCCACCAUGAGGCCAUGAGUAGCUUAUGGCACGGUGUAUCAGGGAGGGCAAUUUUUCGUGCUACCAUGUCACUGAAAAGUUUUACCAAUUUGUCAAGGGUCUUCUGCUUUUACAAAAGGGACAGAGAGCAUAACCAACAGAAAAGUGACAAGCUGGCACCAGUAAGGGACAUCUGGGAUAAAUGGGUUGAACGCCUGCCACUCUUGUACAAUCCAGGCCCAAACAUCACUGUGGACGAGUGCCUGGUCCGUUUCAGAGGACACUGUCCCUUCAAACAAUACAUGCCGAGUAAACCAGGCAAGUAUGGCAUUAAAAUCUGGGCAGCAUGCGAUGCCAACUCGAGCUAUGCGUGGAACCUGCAGAUCUACUCUGGCAAAGCUGCCGACGGCAAGUCAGAAAAGAACCAAGGAAUGCGAGUGGUCCUGGACAUGACAGACGGUCUAGAGGGACACAUCAUCACGUGUGACAACUUUUUCACCUCGUAUGGCCUUGGUGAGGAGCUGCUCCGAAGGAAAAUGACCAUGAUCGGAACAGUCAGAUCAAACAAACCUGAGCUUCCACCUGCGCUCCUGUCCAUGAAGGACAGGGUCCGAUUAUCAUCCAUGUUCGCCUUCACUGAUACACACACUCUUGUGUCCUACUGUCCCAGAAAAAAUAAAAAUGUGCUGUUGAUGAGCACUUUUCACAGAGAUGCCAAAGUAAGUGACAAAGAUCACAAGAAGCCAGAGAUAAUCCUAGACUACAACCAGACUAAAGGCGGAGUUGACAACCUCGACAAGGUUGUUGCCACUUACACCUGCCAAAGAAAGACAGCUCGUUGGCCAAUGGUAAUUUUCUUCAACAUGUUGGAUGUCUCAGCCUACAAUUCAUUUGUACUGUGGACAAAGAUAAAUCCCUCAUGGAACAAAGGGAAUUUCUCAAGAAGGAGGCUCUUCCUGGAAGAACUAGGGGUAGCUCUGGUUGGUCCCUACAUGAAAAGACGGCAUUACGUUCCCCGCUCACCAGCCUCUCAGAAUAUGUUGGUACAAGCACAAGCAUGCUCUUUAGAAAAAGACGUCCUUCUGCUAGCCUCCAAAUAUAAGGUGAAGGAAGCACGAGCAUGCUUUACAGCCAAAAAACCCAGCUCCUCCCCAGUAUCAAGCCCCAGCAAGAGGAAAAGGUGUCAGGUCUGUGAAUCAAAGAAGAGCACAAAAACCAGUGUGAUGUGUAGUCGGUGUAACAUGUACAUUUGCAGGUCACACGCUAUUACAACUUCUUAUUGCUAUGCAUGCAAGAAAGUUUAAACAAGACUUACGGCCCUGAUAUACUUCAAACAAAAUCAAAGAACGUACUGAUGACGUCAUUUUGAAAAAAAUCAGGCCGAAACAAAGUUCGAAACAGCCGACCAAAGCAUACUUACUGGGGGAGUAUGUUUUGGCUCCUAAACACCUUUGAGCUAACCGGAGUUAUGCUAAAAGCAAUAGAGAAACAUCCGAGACAAGUUUUCCAAGAUCGUUGUGACACGUUUACAUUAAAGGUGCUGUAUGUCAGUUUUUGUCUCUACUAAAAGCAUAAAGAUACCAUAAUAUGUUUGCAGAUAUUUAAGAAACAUGCUAAGUAAACAUACUUGUUUAUCUGAAAAACAAUGCUACAGUCAGUUAUUCUCUUUUGAAAAUGUGCAUUCCGGGGCUGAAUGUCGGUAUUUGUUUUGGUUUUUGAAACCCACCCACCACCAGUUUACCCGAUUGUAUCUUGGCACCCAUGGUUGCCAGCUGGCGGAAAACAAUGUAUUUAAUUUAAUUAAUUGUCAAUUGCGCUCAUUCCUGUUAGUGUCAUCAGUCUGGCAAGCCUGUGCAUCAAGUCUGAGGAGGAGGGGCCGAGUGGAAAAAACCUCUCCAAUAUUUUGAAUUUGGUCUGCACUACCUAGUUCAACCACUCGGUGUCAAUUCUACGUACAGCACCUUUAAUCUACACCCCGCCUCCACCAGCACAAGGGUGCUGGAAAGUUUGGGGACGGUAUACCGUCACUCAGCCUUUUCGAAAUUUAUUUUGCUCCCAAACGAAGAACGAAAACGAACUUCGUUUGUAGUGUAUCAAGUCUUUUAGUCAUGGCUAAUGGACUGUUUGUUGCUCAGUUUUUAUAGUAGUUAUUCCUCUUACUUUUCUCUUUACUAAAGGCGGGCGUAAAUGGUGCGAAUUCGGAUGGUUGGAAGAUCGUAUGUCCACGCACGCAUCACGAGUGAUUUCAGCGAGUUUAUCCUCCUGGUCAAUUGUCCACAUUUGCCGUGGCGCUGCCCUCUUUAUUUUUCUUCUUCUGUGGUUUUCCUAGUUUGUGAUUGGUCAACUUCAGAUAGAUCAACAAAUCGGCUUGUUCAACCCCAAACGUCAAGAAUUCAAACCGAUAGCUCACAAACUUUUUAGACAUGCUUAAAAAUGAUCGGGAUGUCAGAGGUGCUCAUAAGCCACUCUGCUCGGCUCGUAAUUCCUCGCACAUGAUACGAGCCGCGACCAAACGAGCAUACACGAUUUCCACACAAUUGAAAAAAAAAAAUCGUAUGCGAACUCGUACGACAGCAAAAAUUGCACCGUGUACGCCCGCCUUAACUUGUUUGCCAUUGCAAAAUGUAUCUUGUUUAUCGUCUUUUCUCUUGACAUGAUUAUUAGUCUACUUCAUUAGAGUUAUGGAAUGUUGACAUUGAAUGUUUCAAAUAAAUGAGAUGAUACAAAAAUAA